UCUUCUGUCAGCUAUCCCAAUCCGGAUCCACUGGAAACUCAAACUGGAGUGCUUGACUUUUAUGGACAGAGAUCAUGGCGUCAGGGAAUACUAAGCUUUGAUCUUUCUGAUCCAGAAAAAGAGAAGGUGGGAAUUCUAGCCCUGCAACUAAAAGAGAAAAAUGUUCCUCACUCUGAGCUAAUAAUCACUUUGCUGAGUAAUGCUGUAGCACAGUUCAAGAAAUACAAAUGUCCAAGGAUGAAGAGUCACUUAAUGGUUCAGAUGGGUGAAGAAUAUUAUUAUGCUAAAGAUUACACCAAAGCUCUGAAGCUGUUAGAUUAUGUCAUGUGUGAAUACCGUAGUGAAGGAUGGUGGACUCUCCUUACUUCCAUAUUGACCACAGCUCUCAAAUGUUCUUACCUCAUGGCACACUUAAAAGAUUACAUUACUUACUCUCUAGAGCUGUUGGGUAGAGCAUCCACUUUAAAAGAGGACCAGAAGUCUCGAAUAGAAAAGAACCUGAUUAAAGUUCUUAUGAAUGAGAGCCCAGAUCCAGAACCUGAUUGUGAUGCUUCUGCUGUGAAAGCUUCACAGAAGCUGUGGACUGACCGUGUUUCCCUAGCAGGCAGCAAUAUUUUUACAAUAGAAGUUCAAGAUUUUGUACCAUUUG